AUGUCUCGGGCUUUGUUUUCCGAAGAAGAGGUGCGUCUGGCCACCGAGCGGCGCGUAAAGUAUAUUGGAGCAGCCAAAGUCAGCAUCAGUCAAAUUCAGUUCGAACCGCCUUUGCCUCGGGAUCUGGAUCUCAAAAACCUGGACCGGCUUCGGACUGUUUUCCGUAAAAACAGCUGUCGUCGACUGGAUGUCAGUAAUCAUGUCCCUGCAGUCGUGUCGCAGCAAGAUCUGACCGACGCGUUGCGGAAGGCGAACGUUACACGCCAGUCGCUCCUGACCAAUGAUGCCCACCAACUACCAAGGCUUGCCUUCAUGAUGGGACAACUUCAGGGCCUCCACGGCCGACACCGCUUGCAGGUCGGGGCAGAGGUUCUUCCUCCGGCUGAUCGCUGGUGGACAGUAGACCUUUAUAUGGAUGAUAUUGGCGACGACUUAAGAACUUCUCUGGUGGAGGAAUAUGCAAACCAGAAGAAGCCAACCGACGGGGAGAUUUAUCGCAAGAUCCGACAGUACGAGGGUGAUUACGAUGAAGCAUUCAGAGAGCGAUGGCUUGUACGUUUAUCACGCAGCAACCAGGAGAAGUUGAAUCAAUUAGACAAUCGCAAAAACCGCCAUCUCCGACGUGCUUUUGAUAGACUUCUCAAAAUCCCUGGGCUGUGGCCUGGCGGGAUGAGGAUCAGUGUGCUUCAUCGGCUGAUAGCCUCGAGCUGCGUGGAAGAAACCAUCAACUACCUUGAACAUAUUUGGGAAUUCUGGUCAGCCCUGGUUUCCUCGGAUCGUGCUUCAAUGAAGAAGAUCGACCAGGACACAGUCGAGCGUCUGCAGUUGCUGGCACCAGGGAAAUGCCACAGUGACGCGAAAAUAGCCUGUGGGCUGGUAUUGAGUGGUCAGGCAUUUGCUGAAUUCGGUGACGAAGAGAGAAGGCUUAUUUGGGCGCGAAUGCAGAGCUUUGACGGCCUAAUCCCAUCAUUGUACACCUUUUUCGAAGAUUUCAAAUACUUGGAAAGCUGUGCUCAUUGUAUCAAGCGCCUAUUUGGUCCAUCCAGCAGCUCUGUUAGGGAGACCAUGAGCGCGAUGUUCAUUCCCUGCCUGGAGGAAGGCUUAUUGGGGUCGGCAGCGGCAGAUUGUAUUGUUCAGACUUCAGAGUCUACAUUUCGCCGCCAGCCGGCGACGGAUAUGGAACGUCUCGAGACGGCUUAUUUACAGGUGUGGCUCUACACAAUGAGACAUUAUCCUUUGAUGCCCCCCGAUUCGAAGAAGAACUGCGAGCUCUUGGCAAAAGCAGCCCGUGCCAAGCCUGAUGAGCGAGCAAUCUAUGAGAUGGCCGAACUCGCUCGCCAACUUGGGUUUCGGUCUAAAGAGAUUGACGCGAUCGUUGACAGCUCUCCCGACUAUCAGAUCGCACGCUCCGCUCUUUUACAAGCCAGAAAACCCAGUCGAUAUCGAUACAACAACCAGCAAUUCGAUCUUCUUGUUAGUCGAAUCGUGAGUUGCUUUGCCGAAGCAGUUCCUGAUCAACCUCAUGUGUCGCACGAUCUGCUGGCAGAUAGCGCCAUGACGCUGCAGGUGCGCUCCGGGAUGCCCCAAAUACGGACCCAUGAGCAAGACAGCCCUCUCCUGUUCUUCGAUCGAAUGUGUGUUGAUAUUGCGGCGGCCGACACAAUUACCAGCUUUUACGUUCGGCGUUGUGUCUAUUUCGCAUUCUUCGGGAAGUCCGCUCGGUAUGUGCCCGCCAACCAGGCACGGGAAGCUGAUGAGGAUGAGGGUCAAGGAAUGGGAGAUCAGCCUCGGUCGCCAUUAUUUGUCCAGGAGGAUGGACCAACCGGUGUCGAUGAGUCGGCUUUGCACACAGCUCCAGCGAGCGAAGCGCUCCAAAACGGACAGCAACGGCGGACCAUGGAGCACCAGCGGCCACCAAGGAGCCGGGAUGGGCGGGAAACCUUGCAGCAUCGCACUGUCGAGAGGGACCGAGAGGCCAUGGAGCUGGACUUACUCGGCUCAGAAAUGUCGGACCAAGAUAUGUUAGACCCAAGCAAUCCCCCCAGUGAAGGACAAGCUCUACCUGCCCUAUUGGAUGAGUCAGCGCCGACCGGACCGGCGAUUGCCCCUACGAAUCCCCGCCAUGGAUUAUUAGACAUGGAAGGUGAAGAUGCCAGGAGCGAUUGCACAAGAGUUUCAUUUGAAGCGAUCUCGCGGGAGCCGAGCCUUGCAGAGAGAGGAAUGACCGAAGCCACAGACCGACAGGAUGUUUUCGGAGAUCGGACGGCGAUUGAUCAUACCGCACGGGUUAUUUCCGCAGGGUCUGCGUCUGAGGUUGACAGGUUGAUGAAUAUUGGCGAACCUGACAGUAAUCCGGGAUUGGAUAUGUUGAUUGCUGAUUUAAGAAAAGCUCAGGAAGAGGAGGAACGAUUGGAAGAAGGAUCAGAGUCCGAGUGGAUUGACGACGAGUUAGGACUCUCCAGUGAAACACAUAUGCUUCCUGAUCAGCCUGAGCGGUCCAUUCAACCUGAGGAUAGGCAAAGUCCAUCACCAUUGCCGCCGCUGCGCGAUGAGGAGCCGACUGACGAGUCGACGGAAUCAGUGCACACGGAUGUGGAGCAUCCUGCGGCUGUUGCAUAUACCCAAGAACUGCAGUCAGCUCCCAUUCCUGCGGAACGGUCAAAACCCUCGGGGAACUCCAACCUAUCAACACCAGUCACCGACAGCCCCAGUCAGGCUUCACCACAGCAUGAUCAUGUGGCCUCAGUAACGGAACAAACGAAACGUCGAACGUCGCGAGAAGCUGUUGAGAUUCACUUCUGGUAUUUUGAGCGAGAGCAGUGGAGGCGGUCGGACCGUCUUCGAGUGAAUCCGGCAGAUACAUCGUCAGUGGAGCGACUUGCGGAUAAAUAUUUUCGGAAAAACUAUUCACUGUAUGAUUUUCAUCUCCAGGACGUCAGACCUGCCCAGUGCUAUCAGGCAGCCAUCAACGAAGGCAGGAAUGCCAUAUUUAUGAUCUCUCAAUAUGAAGAGCAAAAGCUUAUCGCCGAAGGCCGACUUGCCAAAGAUAGACAACUUGUUACGAUGGCUGCCCAAGCCUUGGACCGGGCAGAAGAUACACCACAGUCACCUGACCGUUCAGUAAAGCCUAGGAAGUCAUGA